AUCAAGCAGUGGCUCCUUGACUUCACUUCGCAACUCACUUUGACCAGUUACGACACACAGGUCACUAUUUACACAUAUGCGACUGAUGCCAAAUCCUAUGGAAGCCUGUCAUCGAGCAAUAACCGAACGACGCUCAUCAACUCGAUCAACUCUAUCACUCAUGACAACACCAAAGAUCGACAACUUUACAAGGCUUUGACGAAAGAGGAGACCGAAGUGAAGGCAUCGAGUGGUUUCCGUGACGGGAUACAAACAUGUGAUGGUGAUGGUACGAGGGUCUUCGCAAUUGGCCUCGGUUCCAAAUCGGUGCAAAAUCAAGCCUCCGCCCUCCAGCAACUUUCAGGUGCACCAAGCAAUGUGUUCUACUCGUUCAACAGCGAUCAACUGCAAUUCGUAACACAAUGGCUCUACCAGAAUGGAUGCCCUAACAUCGGUAUGCCAACCACAACAGCAUCACCCUCUCAGCCACUGCCAACUCAGGACAUCUCUGUCCCGUGCCAGCUGGCGGCUCUGAAUUACGACGUCUACUUGGUCGUCGACACCUCAUCCGCUAUAAGCGCUAGCGAUUUCGCUCAG